AUGCCUCGGAGCGAACGUUGGCGAGGCGAGAGCCAGCAGCAAGAGUACAAUGACGUGUUAGACGACGAGACAUCGCCAUUGCUCCCUCGGAUAUCAGAGGUCAGCGAAGCUGAGACGUCAGUAUCGCUUACAGACGUCCACAGCCUGCUGGCUGAGGCGAGGCUUCUGUGUCAAUAUUCGCUUCCUCUGAUUGCGACCUAUCUUCUUCAGUAUUCCUUUACCGUUAUCACCACCAUCGUUGCUGGCCGGCUAGGUGCCGAGGAGCUCGCGGCAUCUAGUCUAGCGCUGACAACAAUCAAUAUCAUCGGCUUCACUAUCUUUGAGGGCAUGGCCACGGCACUCGACACGCUAUGUGCUCAGGCGUACGGUUCUGGUCGCUAUACCGGUGUCGGAAUGCACAUCCAGCGUAUGAUGGUCUUGAUGGCUAUCGUCAUGAUUCCUGUCGGUGCCAUCUGGCUAUGCUCUCACCGGAUCCUCCCGCUGCUCGUCCCCCAGCGAAGCCUCGCCCUCAAAGCAGCAUCGUUCUUGCGCGUCAGUCUUGUCGGACUACCCGGUUACGCUUUCUUCGAGGCGGGCAAGAGAUUUCUGCAGGCGCAGGGCGAGUUUGGUCCAGGCAUGGUCGUUCUUAUCAUUUGCGCUCCCGUCAAUGCCUUUCUGAGCUGGUACUUUGCCGUCAAGCUCAACAUGGGCCUCGAUGGUGCUGCGUUUGGCCAAGCGCUCGCCAAUAACCUACGUCCCGCGCUGCUUCUGCUCUACGUUGUCCUGAUUGGCAAAAAAUCCCAUCGUUGCUGGGGUGGUUGGGAUGCCCGUGCCGCCUUUGCAGUACGUGAAUGGGGUCCUAUGACUCGUCUUUCUGUUGCCAGCACGGCCGUUAACCUUGCUGAGUGGCUUGCUUUUGAGAUCCUCAUGAUCAGCACUUCGUAUAUCGAUACUCCUCACCUCGCUGCUCAAACCGUUCUCAACACUCUCUCCAUUGUAACUUGGCACGUGCCCUUCUCUAUCAGCGUCGCCGUCACCACUCGCUUCGGCCAUCUCGUAGGGGCUGGAGCUCUAAAAGAAGCGCGUCGGGCGGCGAUCCUAUAUUCCAUUGUCUUUGUCGGUAUCGGUAUCUUGGAUGGCGCGUUCCUGUUCCUGCUGCGGCGACCACUUGCAGAUUUGUUCUCGGAUGAUUCUACGGUCAAGGACCUUGCUGUAGGAUCCAUGGUCACUGUUGCCUGCUUCCAGAUCAUUGACUCCAUCAUCUGCGGGACCAAUGGUGUGUUGAGGGGCCUGGCGAAGCAGUCUGUUGCUGCCUGUGUUGUGCUGGCAGUCAAUUACCUGGCCGCCGUGCCAUUCGCCAUAUGGCUCGAGUUGGGAAGUCCCAAUUUGAAGCUUGACGGCCUCUGGAUUGGUCUUGGAAGUGGUAUGGUCAUCAUUGCGGGUCUUGAAUGCGCUUACAUGAAGUGGAUUAGCUGGCAGGACUGCGUAGAUGAUGUAAAGGAAAGAGAGGAUGACGGAACAUAG